UUAGUCGCUAACAUAAAUACGACACAUGCAAACAAUAAAAACGGGUAUCAUAUCUAUUCCAACACCUGAACCCCAAUGUAUUUCCAGGACACUCGUACUGAUAAAAAGUGCCAACCUCAGAGUAAAAGGAACAGAGACAAAGGCACCGUAUGAGAUCAUCAAAUUCACACAUACUCCUGGAGUGUAUUAUGACCUUCAAGGACAAUUACACCAAGUUGUCUCUACAUGGAAGGUAGUAAUCAGAAUAGACAUACAGGGAAUAGACAUUCGAGGUAACCAAAUACAAAAAUAUCUUAGAAACACACAAGACGUAUGUAGCCAACAAAAAGAACCAAGCAUUACGUGGGAACUGUGUGAAAAUUCACAAAAAAUUGUAAAAAAGGGGUUAGACCGCGUACAAAAUAUAACGGAACGAUUGCACAAUAUAUAUAAAAAUCCAAGAGAAAUAAAACGAGGAUUAGUAGAUGGAAUAGGAUCCUUAACAAAAUCACUAUUUGGAAUAAUGGAUGCGAAUGAUGAAAAAAUAAUAAACGAACAAUUAAGCUUAAUAGAAAACAAACAAGAGACGUUACAACAUGCAAUAGCAAACCAACUCAAAAUUAUUAAUACAACUAUCAAUCAUUUAGAUAAUUUAGAACAAACUUUGGAAACAAAUGAGCAAAUAUUAUGGAACACUAUUACACAGCUCUAUACAGAGGAAACAGGAAUCAUAUUACGCCAACAUAUAGAUGAACAUUUUACAAUACUUACUGCUUUACUUAAUGAUUUAAUACGUGACCAGAACGAUAUAGUAAAUUAUUUAGAUAACAUACAGCUAGGAAACUUACCUAUCAACCUAACACCCAUAAAUAGCAUCGUGUCUCAAUUACAAGAGGUAGCAAUACACUUACCAAAAGGAACAAGAUUUCCAUUCACGCCUAAAACAGAAAAUUGGUUGGAAAUAAAGAAAUUUCUCACAAUUAGUGCGUAUUACAAAAAUAAAAAUAUCUUUACUAUUUUAUACUUACCUCUUAUAACAUAUAAUACGUACGAAAUAGUACACAUACAUCCUUUCCCGGUUUACAGCCAUGAUAACAUUUUCGCUUUAACUAGCAUUGCAUACACACAAGUAGCUAUUAACCAGGAAACAAACACAUAUUUACUAUUACAAGAAAACGAAUUAACACAUUGUAUAAAAAUUAAUAAUCAAUAUAUUUGUCCGCAACAAAAUGCGAUAUAUAGAAUUAACGAAGAAACACCUUGUGAAAUCCAGAUGUAUACGACAUUACAAAAUAUGAAAAACUGCCAUUUAAAAUACAUUAUAGCUAACCACACCUUCGUAAUAGCAUUAACGCGAAAGAAUAUAACGCGAAGAAAUGGUUAUAUUCCACCAAUAGUGAACAAACCAUCCAUAUUCAAUGCAAAGAAAAAACAGUUUAUGAGAAAAUAA